AUGUCAGAAAACAACAGCAAUGACAAACCAAAGGCCACCAACACCACAUCGUUCGCCAGUAUAUUGGCAGGGGUUCAAAAGCUACGGCAAUCAGCAGAUAAGAUUCAGAUCACAAGGAACCAGGCACCUCCAGCAUCAUCAUCACCAUCUACCACCACUACUAUCCCAACGCAACUAAAUCAUACCCAGAAAGAAAAACCUUUGAGAGCUCCUCCUCCUCCUCACAAUGUUGUUGAUAGCUCCACGAUAAGUUAUUCACGGGACAACAACAAUAUCAACAACAACAAGGCCCUGCAAAACUACCCUGAAGGAAUUCCGAAAUCAACAUCAUUCACAAAAACUUCGAUAUACAAAUCGCAAUACGCCAGGGAUCGCCAUAUUAAAUUUAAGGAUGUUGUAUCCAAGAUUGCCGUGAACCCCUCACAAAAGGGCAAUCCAUUGCUUCAAUCACUUAAAAACAUUCCUUACGAGUUCACCUCGAUUGUCAAGACCGAUUACUUGAUAAACAAUAGCAUCUCCGUGAUUUUUCUUUCGUUAAAGUAUCACAAAUUACGGCCAGAUUACAUUUAUGAAAGACUAAAGAAAAUCGGAACCUCUUCGCUAGUUGAUAAUAAUAAUAAUAAUAAUAAUAAUAAAGGCCAGAAAACUACUAGGAAUGAUUCACAAUUAAGAGUGCUAUUAUUGGUGCUAGAUGCCGACAAUAACUAUUGGGAUUCGUUACAAGAAUUGACAAGACUUUGUGUUUUCAAUAACUUCACGCUAUUGGCUGCGUGGAACUAUGAAGAAGCCGGGGAAUAUAUUUCGUUACUCAAAAGUUUGGAUUCCACCCCAACUUAUAAAGUCCAAGGCAAUGUCACUAAGGAUAAAUUCGAUAUUAUCAAAGGGAUCCAAAAAGAAGAUUAUUAUUCGAGAUUAUUGGAUACAUUGACCUCUGUCAGAUCAAUCAAUAAAACCGAUGUUAGUAAAGUUGCUAGUAGUGGCAAAUUCAGGAAUUUCAAAGACUUGGUCAACGAUGAUGGAGAACAAUUGGAAUUGAUUGAAGGGUUUGGGAAUGUAAAAAUUAAACGGUUCAAAAACGCAAUCAACGAACCGUUCUUGUACAAUAAAGAUUACGAUUCUGACGAAAAGAUAUCGGAAUGGAAGGAAAAAUGUAAAAAAAUUAGACUUGAAAGAGAGCAGAAGAAGUUGGACAAUCAAGAAAAGGAAACGAUAGAAGAAAUAAAAUAA